AUAGUGCUUCAGGUUUUCUUGGACGAGGGAAGGGGAUCGAUGGGUGAUUGUAAUAGCGCCGAGGAGGAUUACUAUCCCUCCUCCGACGAUCAAGACUCGCUCGAUGAUGACGGGCUCGACAACGAAGAAGCCGAAGACGUUCAGUGGGCCCCGCCCAAGGGAGCUAGUACCAAGGUUAUUACUAAAGAAUCCCUUUUGGCUGCGCAGAGGGAUGAUUUACGUCGAGUGAUGGAGUUGCUCUCAGUGAAAGAACAACAUGCCCGGACAUUACUUAUCCACUAUCGCUGGGAUGUGGAGAAAUUGUUUGCAGUGUUUGUGGAGAACGGGAGACCAAACUUGUUCGCUGCAGCAGGUGUUACUGUGAUUGAGCCUGAAGAUGCUGGUUCGUCCAUAGCUUUUUUACCAAUGAUUACAUGUGAGAUAUGCAUUGAGGACGUGACUGCUGAUCAGUCGACCAGAAUGGAUUGUGGACAUUGCUUUUGCAAUGAUUGUUGGACAGAACAUUUUGUUAUAAAGAUAAAUGAGGGUCAGAGUAAGAGGAUUAGAUGCAUGGCACACAAAUGUAAUGCUAUUUGUGAUGAAGCUGUUAUCAGAAAUUUAGUCAGUAAGAGGCAUCCUAAUCUGGUGGAGAAGUUUGAUCGUUUUCUUCUUGAGUCAUAUAUUGAAGAUAAUAAAAUGGUUAAAUGGUGUCCAAGUACUCCUCAUUGUGGGAAUGCCAUUCGGGUGGAGGAUGAUGAGUUUUGUGAGGUAGAAUGCUCUUGUGGUUUACAGUUUUGUUUCGGUUGUUUGUCAGAAGCACAUUCUCCUUGUUCCUGUUUGAUGUGGGAGCUCUGGUCAAAAAAGUGCCAAGAUGAAUCUGAAACAGUUAACUGGAUCACUGUUCAUACAAAGCCUUGUCCCAAGUGUCACAAACCUGUGGAAAAGAAUGGUGGCUGUAACCAUGUGGCUUGCAUUUGUGGACAAGCAUUUUGUUGGCUUUGCGGUGCUGCUACUGGUCGAGACCACACUUGGUCAAGAAUUGCUGGCCAUAGUUGUGGUCGGUACAAAGAUGACAAGGAGAAGCAAACUGAGCGAGCAAAGAAGGAUCUUUAUAGGUAUAUGCACUAUCACAACCGCUACAAAGCUCAUACUGAUUCCUUUAAGCUGGAGAGCAAACUUAAGGAGACAAUCCUCGACAAGGUGUCAGUUUCGGAGGAAAGGGAAUCAAGGCUUAGAGAUUUUAGCUGGGUUACAAAUGGACUCUCUCGACUUUUCAGGUCCAGACGAGUUCUUUCCUAUUCAUAUCCCUUUGCAUAUUAUAUGUUUGGAGAUGAGCUAUUCAAGGAUGAGAUGACAGUUGAUGAGAGGGAAAUAAAACAACAUCUAUUUGAAGACCAGCAGCAGCAGCUUGAGGCAAAUGUUGAGAAACUGUCAAAGUUGUUAGAGGAACCAUUUGAUCAAUUUCCUGACGAUCAAGUUAUGGCCACAAGGAUGCAAGUUAUCAAUUUGUCUGUGGUCGUUGAUGCCUUAUGUAAGAAAAUGUAUGAAUGCAUUGAGAAUGAUUUAUUGGGCUCUCUGCAACUUGGUACACACAAUAUUGCUCCUUACAAAUCAAAGGGCAUUGAGCGCGCGUCAGAACUUCUUGUUGGUUGGAGUACAAAAACUAAUGCAGCUAAAGAAACUCAGCCAUCAUAUUCUGUCAAGAUUGGUGGAACUCCUGAACCUGAUCGACCUUCAGGCUCUGGGAGUUCAGAUGAUGGUGGUUGUUCUUCAAACAAGCGUAUUAAAAGGGGGGGACGCCUUGAAGGUGUCAUAUUUGAUCUUAACUUGCCGCCAGACUCUGAUGAUGGUAUCUGAUGUUGCAGGCUUCAUAAACAUUCAAUUGUACAGCUCUAACUCAAGGCCCUCUUUUGUUCAUGUUAUUGAUCAUUAGUGUGAUUAAGCACUGCCAAGUGCUUUUUCAUCUAGUAUCUUCUUUUUUGUCCCAGUUUAAAUUUCCCUGCCUUAUUUAAGUAGUUCGGGAAAGAGAAAUCCGGUUUCUUAGUGCUAUUUCUAUCCUGAUUUUCUUGGAAAGUCAGCGUAUUGUGCAUAAACUUCUACUAGGCUUUUCUGAAGAACAGAGAUGUAAAUUGUCAACUGGAGACUUGAUUAAUAACAUAAUACACCUGUUGAGAUCA